GUUGUUGAGAUCAAAAUGAGUUUCUUUGGCGGCCACCACCACUACCACCACCACAACCAAGAUGCUCCUGUUGCUCCUCCUCAACAUCACCCAGUGAGGAUUUACACCAAGGCUGCUAAGGAUUACUCCCUCACCAUCAGGAACGGGGAGGUCGUGAUGGCCCUUGCUAAUCCGAGAGAUGAGUACCAACACUGGAUCAAGGAAUUGAGGACCAGCACAACUGUGAAGGAUGAAGAGGGGUUUCCUAGCUUUGCUUUGGUUAACAAAGCCACUGGCCAAGCCAUCAAGCACUCUGUUGGAGCACAUAACCCUGUUCGGUUGGUUCCUUACAAUCCUGACUACCUCGAUGAGACCAUCCUUUGGAGUGAGAGCAAAGAUUUAGGUGAUGGCUUCCGUUGUAUAAGAAUGGUGAACAACAUUCGCUUGAACUUUGAUGCUUUCCAUGGGGACGAGGACCAUGGUGGAUUACAUGAUGGAACACUCAUGCACCUCUACGAAUGGUUCAAGGGAAAAAACCAAAGGUGGAAGAUUGCUCCCUAUGGGAAUGAAUUAGCCGGUAAUAUGCCACUAACAAGGAACCCCACGGUAAGGGUAUACAUUAAAGUAGUGGAGGAUGUUCUCAUUCACGUGGUGGCCCCCCUUCUCGUUUGCUUUGCUCUCCGCUUCUUUCAUGCGUUCACAGAGGAUUACUCACUCACGGUUAGGAAUGGGGAUGUUGUUCUGGUGCCGGCUAAUGCUAGAGAUGAGUAUCAGCAUUGGUACAAAGACAUGAGGUAUAGUAACACUGUGAAGGAUGAAGAGGGCUUUCCGAGUUUUGCUCUCGUCAACAAAGUCACUGGGCAAGCUCUGAAGCACUCCUUGGGAGCACACCAGCCUGUUCGCUGGGUUCCAUAUAAUCCAUUAGAGCGAGAGCAAGGACUUGGGCGAUGGCUUCCGUUGCAUUAG